AUGCCGUCCUUUCAGCCCAUUCGCUGCGACCUGUUUACGCCUCCGGGCGACGAUGAGCCUGCUGCCGAGCAGCAGCCUGCCACGGACUUCCCUCACGGAAGCGCCCCUGACAUGGCCAGCGAGCAGCCUAAACCCACUGGCACGCAGCCUGCCAUUGACCGCCUCAUCAAGCCCGUUCGCUGCGACCUGUUUACGCCUCCUCCUAGGCGCACAUUCGAACAGCCUGCCGCCACAGAGCAACCUCCCAUGGAUCCCUCUCACCGAAGCGAUGACACGACCAGCGAGCUGCCGAAACCUUCUGGUGCACCGCCCAGAGUCGACCGCCUCGUGAAGCCUGUGCGCUGCGACCUGUUUACUCCUCCGAGUGACGAUGAGCCUGCCGCUGUGGAGCAACCUACCACAGAUCCCUCUGAGGGACGUCCCACCGUCACUGCCUCGAACAGCGAGCAGCCCACAACAACACACGCACAACUCGGCGUCAACAAUCCCAAGGAUUGGAUCCACAAGAUGUGCAAGGACGUUGUGAGCCCCGACACCCUCGAGACUGCAGUCAGUCAAGGCGUGCAUGGCUCGACUUCCGGGACGAUCGUCGCGAGCACCGACAAGCUGUGGCCCGACUCUUCGCAGACCAUUUACUACUGCUUUCUGCCCGGCGACCACGUUGGCAGCAAUGCUCAGCAGGACAAGGUGAGGAACGCCAUCCAAGAAUGGUCGCACUACGCCAAUGUGCGCUUUGUUGAGGAAGUCAGUCCGGCCAGAUGCGACGUUCGCAUUACCUUUGACCCUAACGAUGGGAGUUGGUCGUACGUCGGUCUGGACUCUCGCAUCAUCGAGCCUCAGGAUGCGACGAUGAAUCUGGCAUGGCUGCAGGCGUCGGGGUCGAUGACUGCCAACGAAAGAGCAUCGAUCCUGCACGAGUUCGGACAUGUGUUGGGCUUGCUUCACGAGCACCAGAGUCCUGCGCAAGGAGGCACCGCCAUCAACCCGCAGGCCGCCUAUGACUUGUAUCGUUCCGGUCGACACUGGACAGACAAGCAGAUUCAAGACCAAAUCAUUGAUGUCUACAAUCAAUACGACGUGUCCAACUAUUCGCAGGUCGACGUGACUUCGAUCAUGCACUGUCCCCAGCCCAAAGAGCUCACGGGGCUUGACCACGAUAUUGGCUUCAACAAGGAGCUGAGCGAUCUCGACAAGGCGUGCAUGGUGGUGCAGUAUCCUCGCGCCCAACCGCACCCGGACGCGCCGCAGUGGACUUUCGGGUACGCGCUCAAGGUCAUUGGAUGUCCUGAGUCGGUGGCGCAGCAGCUACGUGCUGCCAAGGCGAGAGGAACCGACCAAGGCGGAUUCAUUGAUCCCACAUCGAUCCGCAAGAUUCUAAGCGACUGGACCAAGGCCUUUCACAGUAAGGGUGGGGCAAUGGCGUUCCGGCGUGAAGUGGCGGAACCAAAAAAUGCUCCCGCUAUGAUGGCCGGUCUAGCUCAGCCGUUCCAGAUGACCAACGAGCUCUUUGACCGCGGAGGCAUCGUCGGCGGCCCUAACGGCGAAUCGCUGGCCAGCAACUACACCAAGGUGCUCCACUCGCUCGUGCCGUUGUAUGAAGGAAUCGAGGCGCGCAAGAAGCGAGAAGAAAUGCGUGCCUGGCUGCUCGCCGAUACUGAAUCCAACAGUGCCGCCAAUGUCAACGCGGACAAGGGCGUCAACCAUGCCGACAUACCGACCACCGCCGAGAGUCUGCGAGACGCCAAGGACUCGUUCCGCAAAAGCGCGCUUGGCUCUGUCUACACCGAUCCCAGCGUUUUCCCCGUGCAGAUGGACCCCAAGGACUGGCACGACGCACUCGAUGCGGGAUAUACCGCGGAGGAGCUCAGUCAAGAUCCGGCGCUCAUGCAUGCUGUUCUCCGAUCCAAGGACUGA